ACUGACUCCUGCAAGACUUUGCAUCUUCCUUCAAAGGAUCCAGGCAGGCUCCCACGAAGAGUGAGGACUAUGAUUUCCCAACAUCUUUUCACGUUAUAGAAUCCUUUCUUUCCUUUUCCUUCUACUUCAGGAUUUUUAAUACUCCGUUAUCAGCUAUCCUAAAAAGUUGUUUCGCUUCUUUCGUGUUCUCUUUUUCUUUCUGUCCCUCUCUGAAAAUAGACGUUUCUCCUGCCGAUGGGAACAAACCCUGUUGAAUCUCAUCUUAGCUCUCUCAUUCACCCAGCUUGGUGCCCAAUCUUUUGUUUUCUAUGUCCAAUAUAAGUGGUUUCUAUAUUUUGGUGCUCUCUGUAUUAGCCUCUUUUGGGUGGAAUCUUGUGGAUCUCGUUUCUCCAAUGGGUUCUGCUUAGUUUGUCGGAGUAUUGCAGUGCUCAUUUGCAUUUCUUAUAUGUUUUCUUGUUCGAUUUGUAUCAAUUAGAGUUGCUUCAAACAUCUGGUACUGUGGUAGAUUGCAUAGAUGGCUAUAGCUCGUAUAGUUCGCCAAGGCAAACGCCCUUAUGGGUUAUGUGUAAAAAUGACGGCUGUGACCAUGUUGGGCCUUUGUUUUAUCUUUGUGUGGUCAGUUUUUACUUCUCCCUCCUCCUCCGUAACCACUCAAAGGGAAAGCUUUGACGACAUUGCUGAGCCCGUGUCUGCUAACAUGAGGGAAAAGAAUUCUGGGGUUCAAACAAAGAAGAUAAAACCAGAAAAGCGGGAAUCGUUGGGAGAUGAAUUUCAGGGAGACGAGAAGAAUAGGAAAAAGCUGAAUGAAUCAGCUUCGGUGUCUAUUAAACACCGAGAACCUAAGCAAAGAAACAGGAAGGCGGGGACACAUAACCAGAAAAAGGAGCAUAAGGAAAUUAAAGAGAGCCAGAGUCAAGAGUCUGGGGAUUCUGAUGGUGCAGAAUCAGAGGAGGACAAGGAAGAAGAGGGGGAUGGUCAUGAAAUAGAAGGUGAAGAACAAGGAUUAGAUCGGGAAAGUGAAAUGGAUGUGGAUACAGAUGGUGGCACCGAGUUAGCUGAGUCGGCGGAUCAGGACUCUGAGGCGAUGGAGGAUGGAAGUGUGGAGUCAAAAAAACCAACCAAGAGGAAGAUUAAAGGACCGUUGUUUAAUCCAAAAGCCACUUAUAAAUGGAAAUUAUGCAGCACUAGAAGCAAGCAUAACUACCUUCCAUGUAUAGAUAUUGAAGGUAGUUCUGGAAAGCUACAGAGCUAUCGCCAUACAGAGAGGAGUUGUCCAAGAACGCCACUAAUGUGUUUGGUUCCUCUUCCUCAUGAAGGAUAUGGCUCUCCCGUCCCAUGGCCUGAGAGCAAGUCGAAGAUAUUGUACAAGAAUGUGGCACACCCAAAGUUAGCGGCAUACAUCAAAAAACAUAAUUGGCUGGUGGAGUCAGGAGAAUAUCUUACAUUUCCACAAAACCAGUCUGAAUUUAAGGGCGGGAUUCUCCAUUAUCUUGAGUCCAUUGAAGAGAUGGUACCAGACAUUGAGUGGGGGAAAAAUGUUCGUGUUGUUCUGGACAUUGGAUGUACUGAUCUGAGUUUCGGAGCUGCUCUCCUUGAUAAGGAGGUUUUGACUUUAACACUGGGCUUAAAGGACGAUCUGGUGGAUCUAGCCCAGGUGGCUCUCGAGCGCGGUUUUCCUGCAGUGGUGAGCCCUUUUGGUAGAAGGAGGCUUCCUUUUCCCAGUAAUGUCUUUGAUGCGAUACAUUGCGGGGGUUGCGGCAUACCUUGGCAUUCCAGUGGGGGUAGGCUUCUUAUAGAGAUGAAUCGAAUACUAAGGCCAGGGGGAUACUUUUUUCUGUCAACUAAGCACGACAGUAUUGAAGAGGAAGAAGGCUUGACAAAAUUGAUGGCAUCUAUUUGUUGGAAUGUUCUGGCUCAUAAAAGUGAUGAUGUCGGUGAAGUUGGUGUUAGAAUAUAUCAGAAGCCUGAAGCAAAUGACAUAUACGAAUUAAGGAGGAAGAAGAUCCCCCCACUUUGCAAAGAAAAUGAAAAUCCUGAUGCAGCUUGGUAUGUUCGAAUGAAGUCUUGUCUGCACUCAGUUCCGUCUGGGAUUGAACAACAUGGGGCAGAGUGGCCUGAGGAAUGGCCCAAGAGGCUUGAAUCUUAUCCUGACUGGAUGAACAAUAAAGAGAAACUGGUCGCAGACACCAACCACUGGAAAGCUGUAGUUAACAAGUCAUAUCUCAAUGGCAUGGGCAUUGACUGGUCGAGUAUCAGGAAUGUAAUGGACACGAAAGCCGUCUAUGGAGGAUUUGCCGCAGCUCUCUCUCAACAGGAGGUGUGGGUAAUGAAUGUAGUCCCUGUUCACGCACCAGAUACACUUCCGAUCAUCUUUGAACGUGGCUUUGUCGGCAUCUAUCAUGAUUGGUGCGAGUCAUUUGGCACUUAUCCAAGGACAUAUGAUCUUUUGCACGCUGAUCACUUGUUCUCACGCCUCAAGAACAGGUGUAAGCAGCCAGUAUCCAUUAUUGUUGAGAUGGACCGUAUAUUACGGCCUGGAGGUUGGAUGAUCAUGCGUGACAAAGUUGAAAUUCUAAAUCCAAUAGAGGAUAUAUUAAGAAGCCUUCAGUGGAAGAUCGUCAUGACUUUCGCUCAAGACAAGGAAGGUAUCAUAUGUGCCCAGAAAUCUUCGUGGAGGCCUUGAAUCUCUCUUCGUUUCUCCUUACAGUCAUACCAGAGCAACAGCAAAUGCAAUUUUAUGAUAUUGACGGCUUUUUGGUCCUUCACAUUGUGUGAAAAUUUUGACUUAUUUUCUUUUUAAUUCUUCCUUUUGGCUGUUAUUUUAUUUCCAGCCAGCAAUGUAUAUUAGAUGAGGACGAACAACUUUCUUUAUCGAGUCUCAAAGUCACGAGCGACUUUUUUACUAAAAA